AUGGCUCCCACCCCUUCUUCCAAACCAAACCACUCCACCCAGUUGAAAACUCCACACUCCAAGCACCGCCUCAACUUCAAUGGCCUCAAAACAGCAACACCACUAUCACAUCCAUCUCCCAAUCCAAAUUCCGCUGCCAUCAAAGAGGCCCCUCCUGAACACCCAAUUGAAGUCAUUGCCAGAAUCCGUGACUACCCAGAUCGAAAGGACAAGCCUUUAUCGGUUCUUCAGAUCAAUUCCAACUUGAGUUCUAUCCGGGUUCGCGCAGAUUUUGGGUACCGGGACUUCACUCUUGAUGGGGUUUCUGUGUCUGAGGAAGAGGACUUGGAUGCAUUCUAUAAGAAAUUUGUGGAAUCAAGGAUCCAUGGGAUCAAGCUAGGGGAAAAGUGCACCAUCAUGAUGUACGGGCCAACUGGUUCUGGCAAGAGUCACACCAUGUUUGGGUGUUCAAAGCAGGCAGGGAUUGUGUAUAGGUCUUUGAGGGACAUUCUUGGAGAUGUGAAUGCAGAUGGAGAAGGCGAUUCAAAGGGAGAGCAUCUUGGGUUGGGAACUUUUGUUCAAGUCACUGUCUUGGAGAUUUACAAUGAGGAGAUUUAUGAUCUCUUGUCCACCAGUGGAGGAGGAGGGGGAUUUGGAUUUGGGUGGCCUAAAGGCAGUUCUUCAAAGGUGAAGCUCGAAGUGAUGGGGAAAAAGGCUAAGAACGCAACCUAUAUAUCUGGAAAUGAAGCAGGGAAGAUCUCAAAAGAAAUUCAGAAAGUGGAGAAGCGAAGGAUUGUUAAAAGCACACUUUGUAAUGACAGGAGUUCUAGAAGUCACUGCAUGGUAAUCCUUGAUGUCCCAACUGUGGGAGGACGGCUAAUGCUUGUAGACAUGGCAGGAUCAGAAAAUAUUGAACAAGCUGGUCAAACUGGAUUUGAGGCCAAAAUGCAGACAGCAAAAAUCAAUCAAGGAAAUACAGCACUGAAGAGAGUGGUCGAGUCCAUUGCAAAUGGAGAUUCACAUGUGCCUUUUAGGGACAGCAAACUUACCAUGCUUCUGCAGGAUUCCUUUGAAGAUGAUAAGUCAAAAAUUUUAAUGAUACUAUGUGCAAGUCCCGAUCCUAAGGAGAUACACAAGACAAUCACUACACUUGAAUAUGGAGCGAAAGCAAAAUGUAUAGUUCGUGGCCCUCAUACACCCCCAGUCAAGGAUGAUGAAUCUUCCUCUGCAGUCAUUUUGGGGUCAAGAAUUGCUGCAAUGGAUGAAUUUAUCUCGAAGCUACAAAUGGAAAACAAGCAAAGAGAGAAAGAGCGAAAUGAAGCACACAAAAAGCUUUUGAAGAAAGAGGAAGAAAUUGCCUUGUUAAGAACUAAACUCGACAUUACAGAAAAGAAAGGAACUCCUCCAAGUGAGGAGGAGAUUAACUUGAAGGUAAAUGAACGAACCCGGCUUCUGAGACAAGAGUUGGAAAAGAAGUUGGAAGAGUGCCAAAGAAUGACCAACGAGUUUGUUGAACAGGAAAGGAAGAGAAUGGAAGAAAGGAUAUUGCAGCAGCAGGAGGAAGUUGAAUUCCUGAGAAAGAGACUGGAAGAAAUUGAGUUGCAGCUAUGUUCAAGGAAAGGUUGUGGUGAGGAAAAUGAAUCUAAAGAAGUGGAGUCAAGUGGGUUUGUGAGAAGGCUAUUGCGUAUUUACAAAAGUGAGGACGAUCCUGGAAUGGUGAAAUCAAUGGAUUUGGACAUGGAUGAUCAAGAACCCCCUGACCGGGAAGUGAAAAUUGUUGGUGGAGUUUUGUGCAGGAGUGAUUACAAAGUUGUUGAGGACUUUUCAAAUCCACCUUGUCCAAAUACCUUGAAUGGUGUACAAGAAGAUGCUUAUGUUUGUGCACCAAACUUGGGUCAAAGAACAUGCCUUAGUACAGUAUAUGAAGAAGAAGAAGAAGAAGAAGGAGAAGGAGAACAGGGUUAUGAAGAUAAAGGGGAAGAAGAGGAAGUGGAGAAAGAAGUCAUAGAGGAAAAGAGGGUAUGUACUGUUGACAAGCCUAGUGCUGCAGGCUCCUUGGCAAGAAAUUCAGAGAGAGAGGAUUAUUGUUUUAAGGGAAGUUCGGAGGAUGAUGAUAAGGAUUCUAGACUACUUAGAAUUCAAAAUAUAUUCACUCUUUGUGGAAACCAAAGAGAGCUCUCCCAGCAUAUUGGAACCCCAAUACCUACAAAAAAGAGGUCAGAUGAUACUUUUGAUCUCAGGUUUUCUCCUCUGAAGACAAGUGAAAAGGAUCCCCUUUUCAAAAUCUCCAACAAGGAGAACCUGGAACCACAAAAGACUACUUAG